AUGAGUCUCAGUGACGAGACCAUUAGUCAAGAACCAACCGCUGAAUCACAAGAUGAUCUGAGACCUUUGGAUUUUGAAGUGCUGGACUCAGAAGAUGAAGAAGAUGGUGAAGAUCCGUUCAAAACUUUACAAAGGAAAAAAAGAGCUGCUACGGAACCAGUACAACAAUCAAUAGAAGAAUCUUCAGUUGAACAGAGCGGUAAAAGACCCAAGACUGCACCAAAUUUAAAUAAGAAACCAAAAGAUUUAAUGAGUAUUUUACUUCCAGAUAAUUAUGAAGGAUCUAUGAUGAUAUCAGAUUUCAGUAUCUUACAAGAAUCAACUCAAUUGACAAGUAUGGUUAGUGCUGGUAAUGGUAGAAGUGGGAGUCGAGAUAAACCACAUGAUAUAGAUUCAAAUGAUAUUAAAACCGUUUUGGAAAGUGAUGAAACAGUGGAUGAGGUCAGUCAAGAUCAAGGAGAUGAACCACUGGAAGCUAUAAGUCACAAUGAGUUUCUGGAAUCUGUCAAAGAAUCAUCAAAGAAGAAAAGUAUUGGUGAAUUACUGGAUGAAUCUGACAAUGAAUCUGUGAAAAAUGAGGAUAGGGAUGGAAAUAAAGAAACAAAAAAUUAUGAUAUAUCUUAUGAGGAUGUUGAAAUUGAGGAUGAGGGGGAAGAAAUUGAAGAAGUAAACGGGGAAGAAAGUGAUGAAAGUGACGAUGAUUAUAAAGAAAAAGAAGAAGAAAAUGAACAAGACAAGAGACAAGGUGAAGAUAUACAGGAUGAAAUGAAACCAAAAUCAAUCCCAAUAUCAGAACCUAUUACAGAUCAUCAGGACAAAGAUCAUAACAACGAUACUACUUCUGAUCAUGACCUCAAUACAAAAACCAAUGAUACGUUACAACAAAAUCAAAUAAUCAAUGGAAGCCCUAACUUAUCUCCAUCACCUAAAAAAACCAAUACAGAACAACAACAACAACCCACCAACUUUAAAACUAUACAGGAUCCGCAGCCACAACCACAACCACAACAACGACCACUUAAAAGGAAAUCUACAUUGGCUGAAUUAUGUUCAAGAAAUUCACCAGUUCCAAGACGAGUUGGACUUUCCAAAAGAGCAAAUGUCAACCAUUUACAUUCCUAUCUUUCCAAGAAAUAA